GUGAGAGAGGAACCUGCAUCGGGGAGGAAAGUGAGAGAGGAACCUGCAUCGGGGAGGAAAGAGAGAGAGGAACCUGUAUCGGGGAGGAAAGCGGAGAGGAACCUACAUCGGGGAGGAAAGUGGGAGAGGAACCUGCAUCGGGGAGGAAAGUGAGAGAGGAACCUGCAUCGGGGAGAAAUAGAGAUCUCGAUCACCGCCCGCUCGAUGGAACCUUCUCUUCCUUCUGCUUCUUCUUCUCUGAAACCGUAUGCGUGUGACACGUGCAGUUACCGAUGCUCCCGGAGUGACGGGUUGAAGGAGCACGCGCGCACGCACACGGGAGAGAAACCGUACGCAUGCGAUGUAUGCGAGUACAGGAGUUCUCGGCUGGCGCAGCUCAAGAACCACGCGCGCACGCAUACGGGCGAGAAACCGUACGCGUGCGAUAUAUGCAACUACAGGUGUUCUAAGCUGGCGAAUCUCCAGAUGCAUGCACGCACGCACACGGGAGCGAAACCGUACGCAUGCGAUAUAUGUGAGUACACCUGCACCAACUCCAGCAACCUUAAAGUGCACUUUCGCGUGCACACGGAAGAGAAACCAUACGCGUGCGAUACAUGCGGUUACACCUGCACCACCUACGCCAGCCUCAAGAGGCACGCGCGCACGCACACGAGAGAGAAACCGUAUGCGUGCGAUAUAAGCGACUACAGGAGUUCUCAGCUGGCAAAUCUCCAGAUGCACGCGCGCACGCACAUGGGAGAGCAACCGUACGUGUGCGACAUAUGCGGCUCUGCCUACACCACCUCCGGCAGCCUCAAGAAGCACUUUCUCAUGCACCCGGGCCAGAAACCGUACGCGUGUGACGUGUGCGAGUACAGGGCUUGCUCCCGCAGCAGCCUCAAGACGCACUUUCUCACGCACACGGGAGAGAAACCGUAUGCGUGCGAUGUAUGCGAGUACAGGAGUUCUCGGCUGGCGAAUCUCCAGAUGCACGCUCGCACGCACACGGGAGAGAAACCGUACGCGUGCGAUGCGUGCGAGUACAGGACGUGCUCCCGCUACAGCCUGAAGAGGCACGCGCGCACGCACACGGGAGAGAAACCGUACGCGUGUGAUGUAUGCGAGUACAGGAGUUCUCGGCUGGAGCAGCUCCAGCGCCACGCGCGCACGCACACGGGAUAAGCGUGCGACACAUGUGAAUACAGGUGUAUGAGCGCCAUUGACCUCAAAGUGCACUUUCUCUCGCACACAGGCGAGAAACCGUACGCGUGUGACAUCUGCUCCUUCAGGGGCUUAUCCUCGGCCGCUCUCUCGAAACACAUGCGCACGCAGUCGCACCGAAGAAAGGCCAUGUACAAUCAAUCGUGAGUGAUGUGAUGGACGGGUCUGCGGGUUAAACAGCUAAUUCGUCAGACAUUAAACGUGUGGAUAUAGGUGCACUCUCUCCAGUAGACUCCAGUGACGUACACUCAGGCUUGUAUAAGAGAAGAAAUCCUGAAAGGCGAUGUGCAUGCAAUCAUGGGUGAUGUGACUGACAUUCUACUCGUUAAACAGUUAAUAAGCCAGUUCGUAGUUACGCACUGGCGUCCUAUGAUGUCAUCGGGUCAUAGGUCAUUUGUACAUAGCUGAAAAGUUGGAUCGCGCGUUCGCUCGUACACACUUGCCGUAUACUACAUAUGCAUGAAUGCUAUACAAAAGCUAUGUAAAAUCGUACGUGCGUUUGUUUUCUGUAUUAAGCCGAUCGACUAUCUGCCUGUGCUUUUUAUUUUUUGGAUUUUUACGUG